AUGCUGCGGUCGCUGCUGGUGUGUGCGGUGUGCGGCGCGGUGGCGGUGCUGCUUCCCGCUGGGCUGUGGACUCGGUGCAGCCGCUGGUUUGCGGGAUCGCUGUGGGAUCCAGCAGCGGGACCUGCACCGAGCCGCCUCUUCAGUAAACCCGAGCUGAGCCGGUACACCGGAGAGAGGGGCAGCCCCGGGCUCUACCUGGCCAUCCUCGGGCAAGUGUUCGAUGUCAGCAAAGGGAAAAAACAUUACGGUCCAGGGGGCUCCUACAGCUGCUUCGCAGGUCGAGAUGCAGCCCGAGCCUUUGUGAGUGGAGAUUUCACAGAGAGUGGUCUUGUGGAGGAUGUAUCUGGACUCUCGCCCUCUGAAAUACUUGCUCUCCAUGAAUGGCUUGACUUCUACAAGAAAGAGUACAUUUUUAAGGGUAAAUUAAUUGGAAUGUAUUAUGACCACAACGGUGAACCCAACCAAGCGCUGGCUGAUGUGGAGUUGGCUGUGAUGCAGGGCAGAAAGCUGAAAGCAGAAUCCGAGUUAGAAAACAAUCUCUUUCCUCCCUGCAAUUCUGAAUGGAGCUCAGCCAAAGGAGGAAGAGUCUGGUGUUCAUCUCACAGUGGAGGAGUAGAAAGGAGUUGGGCUGGAGUCCCACGGAAACUAUACAAACCUGGAUCAAAGAGCCAUCGCUGUGCUUGUGUGCGGCCAACUGGGCCCCCAUCGAACCAGCCCAAUUCUGCCCAAAACAGGGGGGAUCUCGACAAUCCCAGCCUCCAGGAAUAUGCAGGAUGCCACAGCCUCUCUGACUCAUGUGCCGUUCCAGACACAUAACAGCCUGACAGAUCACAGGCACCAUUUCAGAGACUGAAAAUCAUCAGGAUGUGUGACAUUUCUAUUUUAAAGACAAUGCUGAAGCAAUCACUGUAUUUCGUUUGCAUGAAUAAAUGAAUAUU